GAUGAUAAUCUUAUGAAUCAGAGAGAAAACCCUAAUUAAUCUUCGCCGAGUUGCUGGCAGAAAUCCACCACACCGACAGAUGAUAAUCAGCUGAUCAACAAUCAAAAUGGAUUAAUGGCGAUCAGGCAACAUGGCCGCGUCCAGGAUUUUAAUUUUGCGAUGUCGACAGUUUGCCUUUACACGCGUUUAUUCUCCAUUUAAUAACGCAACUUGUACAUACUAACAAUUCUCUGGGAGUGUAUGAGGCUAAUCUGCUGACAGAUAAAUAUUAAUUCACCAGAAGUCUUGAAUGAAACGUUUGCGCUGAGUGCUUGCGACGCGCGCUUGGCCACAGGUUAGAUCACAUUUGCAUUACAUGCGGGAUGAAUUCUCUCUGCAGGAACGUUUCGCUGACGAGAAGCGUGCACACCGGCCGCGCGCUUCUGAAGGAAACCCCACGAAACCUGAAGGGCAAGAAGCACAGCUCGCAGCUGUGGCUGGAGAGGCAGCUACGCGAUCCCUACGUGGAGAAGGCAAAGCAGGAGAAGUACAGGUGCAGAAGCGCAUUCAAGCUGCUGGAGAUCAAUGAGAGAUUCAAGAUCCUCAGCCCAGGUCAGACCAUCGUGGACUGCGGGGCAGCACCUGGCAGCUGGACUCAGGUCGCCACCAAUCUGACCAACGCUGGUGGCAAGAAGGAAGGUCCUGUCGGCAGAGUGUACGCUGUCGACAAACUCCCAUUUUAUCCCGUGGAAGGUGCGACCGUCUUGGGAAACAUGGAUUUCACGAACGCCAAAACGCAGGAGACUCUAAGCAAAUUAUUGCAAGGGGACAAAGUUGAUGUGGUCUUGUCCGACAUGGCUCCAAAUGCGUCCGGCGUAAGAGAGAUAGACCAUGAUAAUAUAAUGUUACUCGCUUACGCUGCCCUGAGAUUCGCGUUACAAAUCAGUAAGGCACAAAGCAUGUUUGUUGUAAAAAUCUGGGACGGUGGUAAGACGCAACAGUUUGAACAGAAUCUGUUAAAGUUUUACAAUAACGUCAGAGCAAUUAGGCCUAAUGCGACGAGAGACGAAUCCACUGAGACAUUCUUCUUGGCUAGGGGGUUUAAAGGUCUCAAGACGAGCUGAUGUAAUUGAUUAGUUCAUAGGUACAAUAGAUUUGUUUGCGUUGAAAUCUCCCAAAUUUUUGCACUUAA